UCAAGAGAUUGAGAAAGAGAGAGAGGGGGAUUUGAAUAAGAAUUGUUGUUGUUGUUGUUGGUGGUCGUGUGGUUGUUGUAAUGGAAAUGGGGUCGGAGGCACCGUCGCCGACCCCAGACGACGCUGCGGCCGCGGAGGCGAUGUUCGCGAAGCGCGGGUGCUGCUGCUUCUGGGUACCAUGGCCGCGGGACGCUUGGGAGCGCAUUCGUCCCCCCGCAGGGUCGCCAGUAAAUACCACUGUCUCAACUACUGCUUCCGCCAUUACUCCUGUGGACAGGAGGGACCACGACGAUCACGUUGCGGCGACAGCAGGGGGCCCCACCACCCGCCGCUGGUGGUGGGACCGCGGCGUCCGGGCCCUCCGGAAGGUGCGGGAGUGGUCGGAGGUCAUCGCUGGCCCCCGCUGGAAGACCUUCCUCCGCCGCCUCGGCCGCCGCCGGCGCGGCGGCGCAAGCGCCGGAGCCGGCGGCCGGUUCGGGUACGACCCGCUGAGCUACGCACGCAACUUCGACGAGAGAAACGGGAGCGGCGGCAACGGCGGUGGAGCCGACGACUCCGACGACGACGCCUUCCGCCGCGGCUUCUCGGUGCGGUACGCGGCGCUGCCCGUGUCCACCAAGUCGUCGAUGGACCUCGGCGACCUCUCCGACGGCGGCGGCGAGAUCGUCCCGUGGACCCGGUUCACCGCGUAGUUCGGACCGCAGGCUUGCUGGUCUAUAGACCGGGUCCAGGUGCAAGUAUUUCUCUUAAAUAGGGGUUGGUGCUGACAAGUUAACUGUUUUAAAAAUGGGGUGGCUUAUUUGUUUGAUUUUUUUGAAAAGAAACCUAAUUUUUGUUGGUAAAAAUGUAUACAUAAUCCCUCAACUUA